AUCCACAUCCUCGGGCUCAGCUGCGGCGCUCAAAAUCAAACUCAAAACUCGCACCACAUCCCGCUCAUCUUCUUCUUCUUCCUCCUCCUCCUCCUCCUCCUCCUCCUCCAUUGCCCUCGUCCAUGGAGAACAUCUCCGUCGCCAUCCGCUUCCGCCCUCCGAUCCCCUCCUCCUCCUCCUCCGAUCUCCCAUGGACGGUCGACUCCAACCGCAUCACCCUCCUCGCCUUCCCCGUCCCCAACCUCUCCUUCACCUUCGAUCACGUCUUCGAUCGCACCUCCACCAACGCCACCAUCUACGGCCUCCUCGUCCGCUCCCUCAUCCGCUCCGCCCUCGACGGAUUCAACGGAACCGCCUUCGCCUACGGCCAAACCAGCAGCGGCAAGACCUUCACCAUGUACGGAUCCGAAGACGACCCCGGGAUCGUCCCCUUGGCCGUUCAAGAUGUCUUCCGCACCGCUCGGAUGAGUGCGGAUCGAGAGUUCUUGAUUAGGGUUUCGUACAUGGAGAUCUACAAUGAGGAGAUCAACGAUCUGCUGACGCUUGGGAGCCAGAAGCUGCCGAUCCAUGAGAGCUUGGAGCGUGGGGUUUUUGUGGCUGGACUACGAGAGGAGAUUGUGAGUAGUGCCGAGCAAGUGCUCGAGCUACUCAAACUUGGGGAAGCAAAUAGGCAUUUUGGGGAGACAAAUAUGAAUGCACGGAGCAGCAGAUCGCAUACCAUAUUUAGGAUGGUCAUUGAAAGCAGUGCAAAGGAUGUGAAUUCAUUUGGUGAUGUUACUAGCGCAGAUGCUAUCCGUGUAUCUGUACUGAACUUGGUGGACUUAGCUGGGUCAGAGCGGAUUGCUAAGACUGGUGCUGGAGGAGUACGCUUGAAGGAGGGGAAGUACAUAAACAAGAGCUUGAUGGUUCUUGGUAAUGUAAUUAAUAAACUGAGUGACAAUGGAAAGCAAAGGGGACACAUUCCUUAUCGUGAUAGUAAAUUAACUCGUAUACUUCAACCUGCACUUGGUGGCAAUGCCAAGACUUCGAUAAUCUGUACAGUUGCACCGGAGGAGGUUCACAUUGAGGAAACUAGAGGGACCCUUCACUUUGCAAGCAGAGCAAAACGUGUCACUAACUGUGCUCAAAUUAAUGAGGUUCUAACUGAUGCUGCACUGCUAAAGCGGCAGAAAUUAGAGAUAGAAGAACUUCGAAGAAAACUUCAGGGAUCUCACUCAGGAGUGCUGGAACAAGUGGUAUUAAAACAAAGGAAUGACAUGCACAAGUCUGAACUUGAGCGUGAAAGGCUCAUUGUGGAACUUGAGGAAGAAAGAAAAGCUCGUGAGUCAUUAGCGCAUUGCAUUAGGGAACAACAAAAGAGAAUAGACGAUCUUACCAUUCGCACUACAUCUGAUCAUGCUGCUAGAUCUAUUCAGCAGAAGCUUGGUGCAGGGGGUACAUAUGAUGAAGUGAAUAUGCUGCAUCCAGAUGAGUUCAGAACUCCAGAUCUCAAGCAAAUGUCAAAUGUUUUUGUUGCAAGAAGGUCAAACUGUUCAAAGGAUCUCGACUCUAGUCCCAUUCCUGAAAAUUUUGCGAACAUAGCUGAUGAAGACUUGUGGAUGCGUCUGAACAAAGGUUGCACGACUGACCUUGAUAUGCUCCAAACUCCCCGUAUCAAACGUCGAUCCUUUUCAUCGAGGGAGAUAUCUCUGGAUCAACCUUUUCAAGAAGAGGCCAUUGAUAGGAAAUGCGAAAGGUUGGAAAUUCAAUGCAGCUUGGAGAGGCAACAGCUCGAGACCUCAGAAGAACAACGCAUGAUUCUGGAAUGCGAAUGCAACCAACUGAGAGAGGAAAAAGCUUCUCUACUUCAAACUCUCUCGAUUUCCAAACAAGACAUAGAUAUACUUAGAGCCGAAAAGGAGGAGCUUGUUAAGGAGCUCAACCUCGAGAAGCAGAUGAUGAAGGGUCUCAAAGAAGAGAUCCAGCUAUUCAGCUUGGCAUUCUCUCAGAGGGAAGGAUUGCUCACUUCUCUCUAUACCAAAUCGAAGGCCAUUGUGGAAAACCUCAAAUCCUUUCAAGUCACAACACCUGAGCUAUAUGAUUGAUAAGAAGGAAUAGCUUCUCGUGAGUUUCCGUCAUGUUUUGUUUGUAUGCUGACAGAUUGAUCAUCAUGUGUCCUUGAGAGUUAACAUUGACUCUGUACAUUAUUUAAUCACAUGUUCAUUUUAAAGUUUACCACUAUUCCCGCGGAAGUUAUCAUCAAUCUUCCUUAAUCAAACCUUCUGUCCGUCCUCGUACAUUUACUGUAGAAGUUAUUGUCAAGUUAUUAUCUUGUGAUCUUGCUAGGCUUUCAAGUUGUUGAGCCUACCUAACAAA